AUGUCCACGCGCAAGAGAAAGCAGGAAGCCGAAGAGGAAGAAGAACUCGUGGCGCUGCCCAGCGACGAGAGUGAAGAAGAAGAAGAAUAUGAAGAUUCUGAUGUAGGAAGUGAAGAAGAGGAGGGCUCGGAGGAGGAAGAGGAAGAAGAAGAAGAAUCCGAAGGGGAAGGGGAGGAAGAAGACGCUGGAGAAGCUGCAGGACCUCCCGCUGCUAAGAAGCGAAAGACUGAGGCUGCGGAAGAGAACGGCGACAAGGAAGAGGAGGAGCAGAACGGAGAAGGUGAGAACGGCGCCGGCGAGGAAGAGGAAGAAGAGGCAGAAGGGGAGGAAGAGGAACCUGAGGAGACCGCGAAGGACAGUGGCCCUGCUGCGGCCGCGAAAGAGGCCAAGGGCGGCCAGGUGCCCAAGGAACCCGAAACUGCUGAGGCGGAAGAAGAAGAGUAG